UGUUUGAAUAUGGAGCUUUUCCUCCGGAAGCUAACUAUUUGUUCCUUGGUGAUUAUGUGGAUCGUGGGAAACAGUCACUGGAAACAAUAUGUCUGCUACUAGCCUACAAAAUCAAAUAUCCAGAAAAUUUCUUCCUUUUGCGAGGGAACCAUGAGUGCGCCUCUAUCAAUCGUAUUUACGGCUUCUAUGACGAAUGUCUUUCUCCUGAUUUACAGACAAUGGAACAGAUAAGGCGCAUUAUGCGGCCAACCGACGUACCUGAACAAGGUCUCCUGUGUGAUCUUCUAUGGUCCGAUCCAGAUAAGGAUGUAUCCGGUUGGGGCGAGAACGACCGUGGUGUCAGUUUUACGUUUGGUCCCGACGUGGUGGCUAAGUUCCUACACAAACACGAUUUGGAUUUAAUCUGUCGAGCACAUCAAGUUGUUGAAGAUGGCUACGAGUUCUUCGCAAAACGCCAACUAGUAACCUUGUUUUCUGCUCCAAACUACUGUGGUGAAUUUGAUAACGCUGGAGCCAUGAUGUCUGUAGAUGAUACAUUAUUGUGUUCGUUCCAGGUGAGUAAAGAUACUUGGAUUAAUUCGAUGUGCCCAGUGGAUAGCGUUCUUUAA